AUGAGCGGUGGCAGCGGUGGUAACAACGCCGGCAACCAGGGGAACGGCAAUGCCACCAGCUACCACCAGCAUCAGCAACAGCAACAGCAACAGCAACAGCAGCAGCAGCAGCAACAACAACAGCAGCAGCAGCAACAGCAACAAACCCAGCUGGAGCAAGCUAGCUUGCUGACAGAACUAAACGGUAUCGACCUGGCGAUGAGCCUGUCGCCCAAACAGCAUUCGUCCCACGUACAAGCCGCUGGUGGCGCUCAUACCACUCCGUUCAGCGUUAAUGACAUCCUCUCGCCCAUCGAUAACGAGUCGUUCAGGAAGCUGGAGCAGGUGAUCGGCGUCGGCGUGGUAUCGCCUUACGGAAACGCGUGCGGCGCCCGUGUCGGCGGCAAUACCGGUAGCUCGAGCGCGAGCAGCGGCAGUCCACCGCUUCACGGAGGCUCGACGCCCGGUGGCGGCACACCCGGACCGGUUUCCGGUCCGAACGACGCCGCCGGAGGAGGCAGCGGCGCUGCCGGUGCCGGCUCAGGCAUGACCGCCAUGGGCAAUCCUUACGCGACCAUGCAACUCACCUCGCAGUAUCAGUACUGCGCCGCGGAAUUGUCGUAUCAUCAUGCGGGGCCACCGGUCGCUGGAGGCGCGACCGCCACCGACCCCAUGAGAUCUCAUCAUCCGUGGUACGCGCCCGCACCGCCGGCCACCAAUGAUCCCCGUUUCGCCAUCUCGCGACUAAUGGGCGCCGCAGCAGCGGGCGCCGGGACCAACAUGGCCGGCUGUUCGGUGGGCCAGUCAAUGGGCGACGUGACCAAGUCGUCGGGCAUGGGAGUGGGCGUCGGCGUCGGCGUCGGUGUCGGCAUGGGCGUCGGCGCGAUGCAAUUCCCCCACCUUCCCCAGAGACGAAAGCGUCGCGUUCUGUUCACUCAGCAGCAGGUUCACGAGCUCGAGAGGCGGUUCAAGCAGCAGAAAUACCUGAGCGCGCCUGAACGGGAACACCUAGCCGCCCUAAUUCACCUUACGCCCACUCAG